AGUUUAGGACCCUGCGGCCCGGCCUGUACAAUAGGACUGUUGUGUGCUGGUGGAAAAGAGGCUGCAGCUUUUUUCGCGUGUUGACAUUGUGUAACUGUGCAAAUCUUAAUAAUUCACAUAAUUCUGGACUUCUAACGCGAGGAGGACUAUCCGAAGCUCUUACUGAGUUGAUCAGAGCUGGAUUUGGGGUGUAAGGAACGAGAUUUGGAUGACGGACGCCGGCUGAGAGAAAACACUCGCGUGCUCUGCGGCUUGAAAUUUAUGGAUACAUCAGGAUGAAACGACUCAGGACUUCAAGCAGUAGUGACAGUUCAGACAAUGAGAGUCCCUCAACGUCCUUUUCUACGAAUCAGUAUGGCAGUAAAUCCGGAACCCCCGCCUCGGCUCAGAAAAAACCAGCGGAGGUGUUCAGGAAAGACCUGAUCAGUGCGAUGAAGCUGCCCGACUCUCACCACAUCUCUCCUGACGAUUAUUACCUGCUGGCUGACACCUGGAGGCAGGAAUGGGAGAAAGGAGUGCAGGUCCUGGCUAGUCCUGAUACCAUCCCCCGUCCCUCUGUCAGGAUCAUGACGGAGAGGCCAAAGGAGAUUCUGUUCUCCAGACCGAGGAAGUACAUCCAGUGCUGGAGUCAGGACUGCACGGAGACGGGCUACGUGAACAUUAAGGAGCUGGCCGAGGCCAUGUGCAGGUACGACCUGGACGACACUGACCUCUACUGGCUACGACACCUCAACCUGGAGCUGCUGCACAUGGGGGAAGCGAUGGUGGACGAGUUGACCAUGGAGCGAACGAUGGAGGCUCUUGAAAGAAAGUGCCAUGACAACAUGAACCACGCCAUCGAGACGGAGGAAGGGCUGGGCAUCGAGUACGACGAGGACGUGAUCUGUGACGUGUGUCGCUCCCCCGACAGCGAGGAGGGCAACGACAUGGUCUUCUGUGACAAGUGCAACAUCUGUGUUCAUCAGGCUUGCUACGGCAUCGUGAAAGUUCCCGAUGGAAACUGGCUGUGCAGGACCUGUGUCCUCGGCAUCGACCCGCAGUGUAUACUCUGUCCCAAAAAAGGAGGAGCGAUGAAGGCCACGCGAGCAGGAACGAAGUGGGCGCACGUCAGCUGCGCGCUCUGGAUACCCGAGGUGAGCAUCGCAUGUCCAGAGAGGAUGGAGCCCAUCACUAAACUGUCUCACAUUCCACCCAGCCGCUGGUCUCUGAUCUGUAGCCUCUGCAAGAUCAAAACCGGGGCCUGCAUACAGUGUUCGGUGAAGAACUGCACCAUCCCUUUCCACGUCACCUGCGCCUUCGAGCACAGCCUGGAGAUGAAGACCAUCCUGGACGAAGGCGACGAGGUCAAGUUCAAAUCCUACUGCCUGAAGCACAGCAAGCCCAAAGCGGGCGAACCCGGCCUGAGCCCGGCCCGACACAAACCCCCGACGGAGACCGAGAAGGUGGGCCUGCGAGCGCAGAAGCUCCAAGAGCUCGAGGAGGAGUUCUACAAGCUGGUGCAGCCGGACGAGGUGGCGCAGGAGCUGGGGCUGCCUCUGCACCUGCUCGACUUUAUCUACCAGUACUGGAAGCUGAAGAGGAAGAGCAGCUUUAACAAAGCCCUUCUGCCGCCUAAAGAGGAGGAGGAGAACCUGCUGCGGGGGCCGCAGGAGGACAGCAUACACACGCGCAUGCGCAUGUUCAUGCACCUCCGCCAAGACCUGGAGAGGGUGAGGAACCUGUGCUACAUGGUGAGUCGGAGAGAGAAGCUGAAACUGUCUCAGAGUAAAGUCCAGGAGCAGAUCUUCAACCUUCACGUCAAGCUCAUGAACCAGGAACAAGCUGCAGAGCUGCCGGUGUCGUCGAACGUGGAGAACCUGAUCUUCCCGCCUCCGCCCCGGAUAACCAUCAAACUCAAAAUCAAAAGCAAAACCAGCACCAAGUCCGGAAACGGGCCGCUGAGCCCGGAUAACAGCGGCAACGUGUACGACGUGAGCGGCGCCGGGAUGGGGCAGGGCAAACCUCAGCUCCAGCACAGCCGGGCGCCGAGGGAGGAGCGAACCAACGGCGUCGUUCCCGUCGCCAAGCCGACGGGGAAGCCUCUGGCGCUGCACGCCGCCCUGCACGGCCACUCGGCCAAGCCCGAGCCGGACAGACCGCACCAGCAUUCGCUCAAGUCCAACGGCAUCGUGGAGAAGCCUACGGUUCAGAGAAACCCCACGCCGCCCGAACAGGCGGCGUGCGAGAAGCAUUCUGGGAAAGGUCAGCCGUUUCACAAAUCGACAAUGGAGCACUUCAGCAGAACUCUGAAAGAAGCCACAGUCAGCCUGGUACGGACUACUGCGGAUCUCUGGGGCGCCAACAAGAACGGGCAUAAAAACAAAGAGCGGACGAACUGCGGCAAAGCGCCGAGCGCCGAACGAGCACCAAAGAGCGGAAGAGGAGGAUACCAGGAGAGCGACGGGUACUGCCCCGACCUCGAGCUCAGCGAUUCUGAACCCGAAGCCAAAGGCAAGCGACAGAGAGGCGGGGGCAGAGGGUUGAGCGAGAGGACCCCGGCUGGCGGUUACGGCCGCGGAGGAACCCGAGGGAACGUCUCUUUAGGUUCCAGGACUUCCGUGCAAAGGUGAUGAGCUUGCAGGCGCGAAACAAGAACUACCAAACGAAUCUGCUGUAGGUCUGCUAACGUGAAGCGCCGUCGCCUACCACAGGAGGGGACCGGUCUCCGAUCGCGCCGGCCGACGGGUCGGAAAAGUGCCGUGGCGGAUUCUAGAAAGCGGUCUUUACGACAUAACGGAGCUGCCUUAUAAACUACAGACUGUCUAGCCGUCUAGCAGCGUCUCUGUGUAUAUACUGCUUACGAUUUCUAGGUUGUGUACUGUAAAUAUUAGCUCGUGUGUCAGGAGUGAUGUCGAUUUCCCGCAUCCUUCGAACAUUCUUAUGGUUAUGCAAAUGAAUAAAGGCAUAAGAACGACA